AUGUCGUCCUUCCACGAGUUGCUGAGCCAGCUGCAAGUCAGGUACGAGUCGGACGUUGCAAGCCUGACGGCCCAAUGCCAUCGCCUUCUUCGCGAGAAUGUUGAGCUGCGGGAGGAGCAGGAGCCUGAAGUUCCGUCGGAAGUUGCCGUGGAUGCAACAGCAGAAGCGGAGCUGGCUCCUGUAUCCAACCACAGGACGGCUCAGCCCUCCAUGUUCUCGCAGUCCGGGAUCACCGGAACAAUGCAGUUUCCGUCGAAGAAGCCGAGGGCGCUUCCAAAAACGCACAGCGCGAGGCUGGAUGGCAGUCGCAUUGUGCGCGAGAUCACCAAGUCGUUGGAAUGGUGGUCGUCAUUGGAAGAGCCAAAACGCAGUGGUUUCGUCUACAAGCUUGUGGAGUCGAGAAGCUUCUGGUGUCUUUCGAUCUUUGUGAUCUUGGUCAAUGCAUUUUCCAUCACACGCUUGAUCGAUAUAUCGUUGGCAGAGGAUGCCGGAGGCCCAGGUGCACUUCUCAGUGUGGAGCUAUUCUGCCUGACGUUCUACAUCGUGGAGCUUGUGCUUCGCUUGUUGGUGCAUCGGCUCUACUUCUUCAUAAAUGACAACUUAGCUUGGAACUGGCUUGAUCUUCUGCUGGUGGCUUUCAGCAUCAUCGAAAUCAUAGUUAUUUGGCGGACUGACGGUCAAUCUGGCACAAUCCUGUACAUGAGGACUCUCCGAAUUUGCAAGGUCUCCAAAGCAGUUCGCAUCUUCCGCGUUUUGACGGCUUUCCGCGAGUUGGCAGGUCUUCUGGAAAAUCUUCGCUCAAGCCUGAUGGCGAUGUUUUGGAGCUUAGCUUUGCUGAGCUUCCUCCUUUUUCUCAGUGCCCUUAUCUUCGCCCAGGGAGUAGCUGAUGGUCUCAGCGAUGCAGUGUUCCCGGCCUCAGAUGCCAAACAGCUUGGCUUCGACUCUGUCGGGGACACCAUGGUAUUGCUCUACAUGAGUGUUACAGGAGGCACUGACUGGCAUUUGUACUACGACUUGCUGAAGAUGCUGGACAGUUUCUAUCACUGGCUGUAUUUGGGCUUCAUCUUCUUCUUCACCUUUGCGUUGUUUAACAUCUUAACCGCAACUUUUGUAGAGAAAGCAGUGGAUGCAUCGCGGCCUGACCGUCAGCAGCAGAUGGUCCUGGAACGGAGGAAGUUUGCUGAGCAGGCUGCUGAGCUGCGUGAGCUAUUCUCAAAAAUGGACAGGGACAACAACGGCCGCAUCACGAAAGACGAAUUUGAUGAGUGCCUGGAAGAUGGAGAAGUACUAUCGCACAUGCUGAGUGUGGGCCUCGAUGUCUAUGAUGCGCAUUACUUGUUUGAGCUAGUAGCUGAUCAGACAGGUCAGCUCGAAAUCUCUCGCUUUGUGGAUGGAUGCAUGGCAGUGAAAGGGUCAGCCUCGGCUCUCGACAUCCAGAAGCAGAUGGUUCUUAUAGGGCAGCUGGAAAGCAGGCUCGAUUCAUGGGAGAAGGACUACUGGCCGCCAAUGAUGAGUUUCGCCGCUGGAGUUCACCUGAAGCUUUGA